AUGGAUUCCAUGAAGAGCCAGCUGGCAGAAAUGUUAAGAGAGUUUAAAUCCAGAAGCAAGACCAAAGUUAUUCUGGAAUCAGGUUUAUUCAUGCUUAUUUUGUUGUUCCUGUUUGUUGGAAACUCCUUAACACUCCUGGUUCUGUUGUUAAACCGACGAAUGCGAACAAUUCCAAACAUGUUCGUGGCAUCACUCGCCGUCUCCGACUUAUUACUAGGAGUUUUCAGUGUAGGUGCUUUAGGCAUCCCUACAUUAGUGACUUCUCAUUGGCCUUUUAAUGACACGAUCUGUCAAUUUCAAGGUUUCAUUAUUAUUACGAUGGUUGUUGCAUCGAUUCAGACACUGGUGUUAAUGGCGCUGAACAGAUAUUUUAGAAUCGUCAAAUCGACAAAGUACCGCCUUUACUUCACUAAGAAGAAAACCCUAACUAUGAUUUUUGUGAUAUGGCUCUAUUCUAUUUGUUUUCCACUAAUUCACUUGCUAAGAGGGAAAAAAAUGAUCUUUCAUCCCUCUAAGUUCUUCUGUUCUUUUCCAAUCGAAAGCAACGCAUUUCUGGCCUAUGGUUUUCGGCUUUACGUAGGGUUUCUUACAGGUGUUAUAAUCUACUGCUACUUUAGAAUCUUCAUAACAGUUCGCCACCACAAUAACAAUUUUCCUGGCAAUCCAAUAAGCACGGUAAACGUAGAAGAAGUUAAGGUGGCUCUCACCAUAUUCGUAGUAGUGGUGCUUUUUAAUCUGUGUUGGAUUCCAGUCUUAACAAUUGACCUUGUGGACACGGUUCACCAAAAGUGGACCUUCCCUCCCGAGGCUUACUUGGCAUAUACCUUUUUGGCCACUAUAAGCAGCGCUUUGAAUCCUUUAAUUUACGGCGUGCUCAACAAGAGUUUUCGCAAGAAUUACCUGAUGGUACUACGUUGCAGAUGCUGCCGAUCUCAAGCUGUUGUAGAACCAUUGGCUCUGCGAGUAAGAGCGAGUGUUGUCGCCAUGGGACCAUUGCGUUAA